AUGGUGGCCACCUGCCUGCACCUGGCCGGAUUUGUCUGCAGUUUUAUAGGGUGGAUUGGGGUGGUUGUGGCAACAGCCACCAAUGACUGGGUGGUGACUUGCGGCUACACCCACAGGAAAAUGGAUGAGCUGGGGUCCAAGGGGCUGUGGGCAGACUGUGUCAUGGCAACAGGUCUCUAUCACUGCAAGCCCCUCGUGGACAUCCUCAUAUUGCCAGGUAUGUCUAAUCAAGCAUGCCAAAGUCUUGUCCCUGUAAGUUUAGUUAUAGGUUUGCCUUCCUUGUUGCUACUGUUGUUCAAUAGGAUCCAGCAGAGGAGAAAGAGAAAAAGCUUGCCCUGA